AGAGGGUUACCACUAACGUCACCCAAUUAUCAUCUUCAAGUGCUCUCCAUCGUCUAAAACCACCUGUGACACUGUUCUUGUUGUGUUGUUGUUAGAGACAGACUUCAAUGUUUUAAGUUAUGGCUGAUCACUUGAUAUUUUCUCUCCAAGCUCCUACUUUUCUGAUUUUUCCUUCUCUUCACCGUCCAUGGGGUUUCUUCCGGAGACUUCCCGGUGGAGUUAAGUUCUCCGUUACGGAGUUCCGAUUGUCCUCUCAACUACAGUUGGCUAAGUCCGUUUCACAUUCACAGUCUUCAGCUUCCUCUUCUUCUCCAUGCCCACCGGAGAAUUCUGCUCCGGAGAAGUUCGAUCUCGUGUCCACCACUCAGCUUAAGGAUGGAAGUUAUGUCUUCCGGUUUGGGGAUGCAAGUGAAAUUGAGAAAUAUCUCGAGGCUGAAGAAAAAGCGAGAUGCGUAGAAGAAGUAGAGAAGAAGCAACAUGCGAAUAUAGCAGAAACAACCAGUGAAGUUUCAAGGAAACAAGGGGUAAAAGAUCUUGAUCGUGUUCCUGUAUUGAAGGAAAAAUCUGAUGCGAAGAAGAAAUUGGUCGGUUCUAAUAUCGAAACAAGUUCUGAGAAAGAUGAAAGAGCUGCUCCUUCCGAUCUUAGCAAUGUCAUCAAAAUUAAGGAUCGUAAAAGGGUUCGUGCUCCUACUAAGAAGAAAAGAGAAACUUUAACUUCGGUGAAUGUAUCAAGGAGCCAAGAAGAUAAAGUUGAAGCCAGACUUGCUAGUGUGUCCAAUCUGAGCUCCGUAGCUAGUGUAACAGAAGCUAUUCCUACUAGCUCUACUGAAGAAAAUGUAGUUGUUUCUGAGGAAUCUGAGCCAGUUAAUGAGAAUGAAAUCACGGUUGAGUCAUAUAAUGUGGAGCCUCUUUCUUCUCAAGUCAUGGAGAAAGCUUCAGUCAAUAAAAUAGGAGACCGUGAGACAAAUGGUUAUCAACAAAUCACUGAGAAUCGUAUGGAGGUUCAAACAAGACCGAGAUCAUCUACUUCACAACAUGGCUCACAGUCCCAUGGUAUUGAGGAAGUUGUGACUGUAUCCACCAUCGAAAUUGAUGACAAUUUGGCUGUGAGGGAAAAGCCUAUGAAAACUAUUGAAGCUGAGGAGAAUCUUGUAGUUGAACCAACAGCUACAGCUGCUGUGUUUCCUGAUGAACUCAUAUCAGCUCCAGAAGCAACACCUUGCAGCGUUGAUGAGAUCGCUCAAAAGCCUGUAAUGGACACGUCUGAGGAAAACCGUAUGAAAAAUUUUGAAGUUGAGGAAGGGAAUUUAGCUGAACCUGGCUCACAGUCCCAGGAUCUUGAGGAAGUUUCGCCUGUAUACGCCAUCGGAAUUGAUGACAAUUUGGAUGUGAGGGAAAAUCCUGUGAAAAAUAUUGAAGCUGAGGAGAAUCUUGUAGUUGAACCAACAGCUACAGCUGCUGUGUUUCCUGAUGAACUCAUUUCAACUUCAGAAGCAACACAUUGUAGCGUUGAUGAGAUCGCUCAAAAGCCUGUAAUUGAUACUUCUGAGGAAAACCCUGUGAAAACUUUUGAACCGGAGGAGAAUAUUUUAGUUGAACCAGAAGCAACACAUCCCAGCGUUGAUGAGAUCGCUGAAAAGCCUGUAGUUGAUACGUCUGAGGUGGAAAAUGAUGGAGAAAAUGUGGCUUCAACCAUAGAAGAUGAAAUAACUGUGAAGGACGCAAUAAUUGAUAAUGGUAGCAUAUCUAAAACCGCCGAUGAAACAGAAGGGGAAGAUCUCCAAGUUCCUGCACCUGAAAGGGCCACUCUUGAACCAAUUGAAGUGACUUCUGGCAGGGAAGAGCUUCUGUCCAAAGAAUUUUACUUGGAUUCUGGUUUGGCUUCACUCCAAAGGCCCUAUAAGGCUUUGGCAGGUCGGGAAGAUGCUUAUUUUACCGUUCACCACAACUGGAUAGGUAUUGCUGAUGGAGUCUCUCAGUGGUCAUUUGAAGGAAUCAAUAAGGGAAUGUAUUCUCAAGAACUCAUGAGCAACUGUCAGAAGAUUAUUUCUGAUGAAACUGCUAAGAUGACUGACCCAGUUCAAGUUCUCCAUAGAAGUGUCAAUGAGACUAAGUCCUCUGGAUCAUCGACAGCCUUAAUUGCUCAUCUUGACAAUAAUGAACUCCACAUUGCCAAUAUCGGAGAUACAGGAUUCAUGGUUAUUAGGGACGGCAUAGUAUUGCAGAAGUCGUCUCCAAUGUUUCAUCAUUUUUGUUUUCCCUUACAUAUUACGCAAGGCUGUGAUGUCCUAAACCUUGCAGAGGUUUACAAUGUGAAACUGGAUGAGGGCGAUGUUGUCAUCGCAGCAACUGAUGGACUCUUUGACAAUUUGUACGAGAAAGAUGUCAAUGAGACUAAGUCCUCUGGAUCAUCGACAGCCUUAAUUGCUCAUCUUGACAAUAAUGAACUCCACAUUGCCAAUAUCGGAGAUACAGGAUUCAUGGUUAUUAGGGACGGCACAGUAUUGCAGAAGUCGUCUCCAAUGUUUCAUCAUUUUUGUUUUCCCUUACAUAUUACGCAAGGCUGUGAUGUCCUAAACCUUGCAGAGGUUUACAAUGUGAAACUGGAUGAGGGCGAUGUUGUCAUCGCAGCAACUGAUGGACUCUUUGACAAUUUGUACGAGAAAGAACUAGUUUCAAUAGUUUGCGGGUCACUGGAGCAGAGUUUGGAACCUCAGGAAAUAGCAGAGUUAGUGGCUGCAAAGGCACAAGAGGUGGGAGGAUCAGAAACAGAGAGAACACCGUUUGCAGACGCAGCUAAAGAAGAAGGAUAUGAUGGACACAAAGGUGGUAAACUUGAUGCUGUUACUGUCAUCGUUUCAUUCGUAAAAACUGUCUCUACUUAAAAUAUACAUCCUCCUCAGCGACUGUAAGAUGUAAAUAAUGAAGAGAGAGAGAGAUACCCAGACAACAUCAUUCUAGUUUUUACAAUAUUUAUUGAAACGAUGUAAAAUCUAAACCAAUCAUGUGAGCCGGAUCAGUUUAGGAUCCGACCCGA